GCUUGACGUGGACUAUCAUAGGGCUAGCUAGCAGUAAGUAGUCCUCAAUAGAGACAAGCUACUAGCUAGCUAGCUAGUCUAGCUAGCUACUAGCUAGAGUCGUAAGUGGAUGACAGUCUUUUUGCUUUUGGCUCGAUUGCUGCUGCUUGAUUGUCUGUCUGUCUCCACGCAGGACAAGAAGCUCUGACUACUGUGCUCAGCUGAACAGAAAACUUCAAAGUGAGAAAGCUAGAAAGACUGAAGAGACUCAAUUGUCUCUCUUUUUAUCAACCGCCACUCAGGCUGCUAACACCACGUGGGAGCCAACAAUAACAAGGAGCUUCUUAGCGCACUAGCUAGCAGUCUUAGCUUGCAGCAGUUCUUGCAGCCAAAUCCACACUCACACCCUUACCCACCCUUACCCACCAUACCAUCUGAUCACCUGAUCCCCUUAGCCCAACUAAGGAUUAAGCCAACCACUUGACUUAGCUUAAGUCAACGCUUAAGUCCAAGCUAAGUCUAAGUCUAAGUCAACGCUACUAGUAGAGCCAAGAUGGGAAGAAAGCGAUCUCUGCGCGGGCCACAGCCACAGCAAGGGCAAGGACAAGGACCGCCUCCGACCGCAUCGUCAUCGGCUGCACUACGUCAAAACCGUUUGAACCUGUCUAGCAUUCAGCUGUUGCAUUUGGACGAAGAUCAGGACGAAUGCUCGGAUAUUGGAGACUUGUCCGUUUCCACUCAUGCCAGUGGAAUUGGCUUGGAUACCAGCAACGCGAACAACGACCGCGGGAUUGCGGGAAUUGACGAUUUGUAUCAUCAAGACAGCGAGUCUCAAUCUCCCUCUGAUGAUUGCUCUGUCGGCACUGCCCAUUCAUCCGUCAAAGUCAAGAGAAUUGCGAAACGGGAAACUAGAAAAGUCACUCGAUGGAAAACUCUCGUCAUGACGCUGCUACUCAUCAACGCGGGGCUCGUUACCAUUUCCACAUUCGACUUUAUGAGACGCCAAGAAGAGGACGAGUUCCAGGCUGCGUUCUACAGAGCUGCAAAGACGGUCAGCGAUGCUUCGCACUACCAUGCACACGGAUUGGUCGAUGCCCUAAGAACCUUUGGGGAUACAACCACUUCAUACGCUCUAGACACAAACGUACAGUGGCCAAGGAUCACAAUGCCACAUUUCGAACGAAGAGCAGCUGCCAUGAGACACAAUUCAUUCCUCAACAUGUUUGCUGUCGUUCCCAUUGUACAUGCCAAGGACAGAGCUGAUUGGGAGGAGUACACAGAAUACACACAAUCGUGGAUACAAAACAGUUACGAUCUGGUAAAAUCCACAGAAGAUCCGGGGCAGCAUGCAUCCUCCAGAACCACUGUCACCCAUGGACAAGAUCAACAAGAACAACUACUACAUGUAGAUCUAGUAGACCAGGACGACGACCAAGACAUACAUCAUCAACGGGAUGCCAUCCACAUUCCCACGUCAAUACACAACCCCAUGAGAGCAACACAAUUCGGAGUCGACAUACCUGCAGACCUGGCACCCACAAACUCGACCGGGCCAUAUGCGCCUCUGUGGCAAAUAUCACCGCCGCCACUACCCACGGCCAUUCAUGGCAUCAAUUCCGAUCUACUCGCUAUACAACCAUUGGCGGAUCUAGUUCUAGCCAUGCAUCAGUCAAGAUUCAUUGCAGUAUCCAUGGCCAGAUCAAUGGACUUGUUCGAUGGAGACAUGGUAUUCGAAUACUACACGAACAGAAACAGAAGACAUAGACAUAGACAUAGACGUCUGGGGGCUGAUCACAAUCACAAUCACGAUAACGGACAAGGUCAUGAACAUUUGGAGGACCAAACAGAACAAAAACAAACAAACAGCAAUACUACAUCAUUGUUCCCAAGCCCAAACAGCAUCAUUGUCUAUCCAAUAUACGACUCAUUUGAUAGAUUGAACCGGAGGAUAAAGGCAUUCAUGAUGGGGGUCAUGCCAUGGGACCGAUACUUCUCCGAUCUUCUACCAGCUGAGGUCUAUGGAAUUGUCGGAAUAGUGCAAAACACGUGUGGCCAGUCUUUCACCUUCUCCAUUGAUGGACCUAAAGCUACCUUUCGGGGGGAGGGAGAUCUACACGACCGCAGAUUUGAUGGUAUGAUGGUCGAAACAGCCUUUGAAGAAUUCCGCAGCAUUAGGGGAUGGGCAAACGAAAGUGGAAACAACCUAGUGGGGCACUGUGACUACAAGUUUACGAUAUACCCAACGGCGGAAUUUAGGGACAUCUACACCUCCUCGAGACCAGAGUACUUUGCGCUAGGGCUUACCGCUCUCUUCGCAUUCACCGGGAUGGUCUUUUUGGUCUAUGUUUACGCCAGUCGCCGCAGACAACGGAAAGUCAUGGCCGUCGCACUCAGCACCAGCGCCAUUGUGGCAUCCAUGUUCCCAUCCAAUGUCCGUGACAGGAUCCUCCAAGAUGCAGAGGAAGAGGCAAUACGAAAAAUCGAAGAAGACAGACAAGAACGCUUGGGGACAGAAAGAGUGAGCGAAACGAAUCGCAACAGUAGCAGCGACUUGGUGACCCCAUCUGAUGACCAUCCUGAAAGCGAGAACAAUCCAAGGCUCCGGAACUCUGUGAGGUCGUCUGUAAUGUCAUCCUUACGGUCAUCCAACAGAUCCAGGUCGCGCCCUAUUGCAGACCUGUUUCCAGACGUUACCAUCAUGUUUGCUGAUAUUGUUGGAUUUAGCGCAUGGAGCAAUGUAAGAGAACCGCAUCAAGUCUUUGCGUUGCUCGAGACCAUCUACCACGCGUUUGAUAGCAUCGCUCGCCGGAGACGGGUGUACAAGGUCGAAACGAUUGGUGACUGCUACGUAGCUUGCGCUGGACUUCCGACUCCACGAGGAGAUCAUGCAGUCCUGAUGGCAAGGUACGCGCGUGAUUGUCUGGAGGCGCUUGGCAGCCUGACAAAGCAACUGGAACGUUCCCUUGGGCCGGAUACCGGAGAACUGACCAUGAGGUUUGGGCUUCACUCCGGUCCAUGCACCGCUGGAGUCCUCAGAGCUGAGCGAGCCAGAUACCAAAUUUUCGGUGACGCUGUGAAUGUAGCUGCCAGGAUGGAGAGUACCUGUGAGCCAGGUCAGAUUCAACUUUCACAAGACACUGCCGAGCUGUUGGCGGCUGCAAAAAAAUCUUCCUGGUUCAUCCCAAGGGACCAGCUAAUCGAGGCAAAAUCCAUUGGCUGCAAGAUCCAAACAUAUUGGUUGCAUCCAAAACGAGACGAACAGGAAGUCAAGUCAGAAGGGCACUCAUCUGACACGGAUUCUGUGACACAUCACUGGCUGGAAGUUCCGUCUAAUCUCGCGCGAGGAUCAGAUACUCUGAGAGCCCAUUUGUCUGAUCAAAACCAAAGGCUCGCAGAGUGGAACUCAAACCAACUUUUGACCCUUUUGAACCAAGUUGUGAAACAGCGAAAUGCACGGGUUGCCCGCGAGGGCAACGAUUCGGCCAUCGAAGAAGCCUGUGUGGAGAACAUUCAUCUUCGUUGGAAUGUAGACUCCGUCGCAAUAAUCGAUGAAGUGAAAGAUGUCAUUCCCCUGCCCUCCUUCGACCCUGCGUUGCUUCCAAACGAGCUUGACAACAAAAUGACUGAUCUCCCCGAGAUUGCGAUUCAACAACUGCAUGACUUCGUUUCAAUCAUCUGCUCCAUGUACAAAAAGGAUCUUCCUAAUAACAACUACCAAAAAGCAAGUCACGUCACGAUGGGAGUGGUCAAACUGCUUUCACGAAUUGUCUCGAAUCCACGCAAUGACAACAGAGGUGUUGGCGCGAAGCCGAGCGAGAAGCUUGAAGAUGCGCCCACUCCCGAAAUGCUGCUUUACGAGAAGAGCCUUGGCAUUGCUGCUGACCCCAUGUCCCAGUUUGCUCUUGCUUUCGCUGCGUUGAUUGCAGACGUCGACCAUCCUGGCGUGACAAAUGAUCAGCUUGUUUGCGAAGGUUCUCGCUUGGCAAGGAUCUACAAUCAUGUCAGCAUUGCUGAGCAGAAUAGCUUCACUACGGCGUGGGAUCUGCUUAUGGAUCCAAUGUUUGGCGAACUGAGAUCAACGAUUUACUCAACGCGAGAGGAGUUUGAACAUUUUCGACAAGUCCUCGUGAAUGCAGUUAUGGCGACGGAUAUGAACAACGUUGGUGUGAAUGAAGCUAGAGUACUUCGAUGGGAGAAAGCGUUCUACAAGGAGAGCAACAAAGAUAAAGUCGAUGAAUUGCCUUCGGAAGACGCAACAAACCUGAGCGCCAGUACGAAUAGUUUCAAAAAGAAAUUCAACCUGGACCGAAAAGCAACUGCGAUGAUGGAGAGUAUCAUGCAGGCUUCCAGCAUUUCCUCGAAUAUGCAACAUUGGCACGUGUUCAGGAAGUGGAACGAACGAGAGUUCCAGGAAGCCAGUCGAGCGUUUCAGCAGGGCCGAGGAGGUCAGAACCCAAGCGAAACCUGGUAUCAGGCACAGCUAGACUUCUUUGAUAACAUUGCCAUUCCGCUGGCAAAGAGGCUCAAAGAAUCUGGGGUCUUUGGCUCGUAUUCUGACGAAUACUUGAAUCAUGCCAAGAGAAACCGCGAAGAGUGGUUCCGCAAGGGAACUACGAUAGUGCAGUCAAUGGAGAAAGCUUUUGCGCAAAAGCACAAUGACAAGACCCCGCGAACACCGUCCCGUAGCAAGAUGCAAGCGAAAGAAGGCGUCAGUUCAGAACCUCCUGUGAGUAGACUUGUUGGGCUAGGGCGGUCGCGUUCUCAAGACUCAGUUGUCCCGAACUGGGACGAUAUCAACGAUAUCAGACGGCGACAGUCCAUGGAUGGCGCGCCCAGGGCUCCAAGAAGGCCAUCGAUUGGUGAAGUUAGUGGUACAGUUGUCGGGCUAAGGCGGACGCGUUCUCAAGACUCAAUUGUCCCGAUUUGGGACGAUAUCAACCAUAUCCGACGGCGACCGUCCAUGGAUGGCGCGCCCAAGGCUCCAAGAAGGCCAUCGCUUGAUGAAGUUAGUGCAUCUGGCCUCUUUUUUGACUGCCCUGACUUGAAACGAGGCGAGUCCGAAUGUGCCUGUACCAGACGAAGCCAAACCGAUGACGCCCCUUAUUAUCCUCUCCGAUCUCUUGACCUCCUUGGCCUUGAAGAACCAGCCAGAGCAGUCCAAGAGCUGUUCGACUCCAUGCCUCCACUGAAACGAAAACCGUCAUCAGAUGAUAUACCUCAGCAUCCUCGACGCUCUCGGGAUAGCAUCAGCCUAGCCGAUGACGCCCGUGCAGCCGCCGGAUUGGUCGCUCUAGACGAGCAACGUCAAGCCAAGUCGGUGGAUGAGACCCCCAGAACUCCAAAGCGUUCUCAUGACAGCCAAGAACUCGCCUUGAUAGUGGAGCAGAUCUUUGACGCACCCAAUCGGUCCAAUAGCCUCCCAACUAACCCAAAGAACGCGAAUAGACCUUCCCAAACUUCCGAUCCAAGCAUUGCUUUCACCAUGGACACGUCACACACCACUCAGAUGAGCACGUCCCACAACAGCCAUUCCAUUGACACGGUGCCCACAUCCUCCGCUCCUUCCAAAUCUGACAUGUCACCCAAGACUCCAAUCCGGCGCCGUGCUGUUGACGACGACGCCACUGUCGCAACAAUGGAACAGAUCCCAGAACAGACUGCAGCUGAACUGCAACUUCCAAUCAUGGGGAACACUACUACUACUGCAGAUAGCACGGCCUCUAUUAGUGAGGCUUCGUCAGAUUCCCAUCUCGAUGAAGAUGAAGACCACCUGCCAGAUGACGAAGAUGACACGAUCGACGACUCCUCCGUUUCGGACAAUGAUGAGUCCACGUUGCUGACAAUGGGCAAUCUGUGGACCUCACGCCACCAAACGGACAAUGCCAGUCACUUUGAUGACAGCACGAUAUUCACCAGAGAUCAACGGCAUUACAGUGACUUCUUCGCCAGCCAUGGAGACUUGGAAAGCCAGUGUGACGACAGCACAAUCUUCACAAGAUCGCAAAGGCAUCAUCAUGAAGUGGCGAGCUUUUUCGAUGACAGCACCAUUGUCACCCGAUCGCAACGCCAUCAACAUGAUUUGGCUAGCUUUGAUGAUGACUUCUCCGAAGCGGGAGUACGCGACACCGAAUCGGCAGACCAAUACAGUACGAUCCAUACCAGAGAAAGAAGCCUUCUAGGUGAUUUGGCUAGCCAAUCUGAUAACAGUACAAUCUUUACCAGAGAACAGCGCCAAAACCAUGAAGGGGCCAGCCAUUUUGAUGACAGUACAAUCAUGACACGAGAUCACCCGUUCCUGGGGGGCCCGUACGACCAGUUCGACGACUGCACGAUUCUGACCAAGGAACAACAGCAGCACAACGAUUGUGCUAGCCAAAACGAUGACAGCACAAUUUUGACCCGCGAACAGCAAUCCUUGGGCCCCACUGCGUCUGGUCCCAGCAGACAUGAGAACAAUUCCAAAGGUGCGAUGCUUGGUGCAACAGCCGCGACUGGCAGCUAACUAAUAAUGAAAGCUAUGCUUAUGGUACUGCGUUAAUCACACUCUGGCUACUAGCUAGAGAUAGGGCCCGGGCCUAAAGCCAGACUGUCUUAGUGGGUUAGAAGCGUGUGGGUAAACACGUCCUGGAGCUGCCCCAAGGCAAGCGCGGUGGGCGCAGUUCAACUAUAAAGAUACUGGCUACAAUUUAUAGUGGUUUUUAAAAAGACUGGAUCAAAUGGAAAUAGAUCGAAGUGAAGCAACCUGUCGAGGGGGUUUGCGAGCUCUCGACAAACACAUCUGUAGACCACAAC